AUGGCUGCGACUGCCGGAUUCCCGAUGUACCUGCAUCAAGAUGAGACGUCAAUGCUGAAUCUUUCAGAUUCGGAAGACGAAAGUGCGCCCCCAACUCCCCGGGAGCCACUUCGUUCCCCGGAAACUUCUAGGGCAACAUCCAGGGCUGACUCGUUGGACGACUGGGAUGAGGAAGAGGCCAGGCGGAAGAAGACACAAGAUGCCGCUGCCAACGUGCCUCUCCACCCAAUCGCCGCCAUGCAGUCAGCCUUUGCCGAGUCUCUAGCCGAAGCUACUGCCAACCCGCCCGUGCCAAAGCCUAAGUUAAGGUUUGGCGAUGCUAGGGAACGUCGGGCACGACUGUUGGAGACUGAUGUGGACGACGAGCUUUACAGCGACCUGUGGCGAUACCGUCCCGGACAGACCCACCACGAGCUAUUUAAGUUGAUGGCACAAAUUUCCUUUGGCGUCUAUCUUCUGCUGAAUGGGAUAGCGAAUAGCAACGUGCAGGUCGUGAAUAUUUUGCAAGGUCAUAUCGACGAGGUUGACGAAUUCUUGGAAAUUACAAUGGAGGAUGUCAAGAUGGCCACCGAGGACAUCCAGGAACGUAUUGACUUCCUGAAGCUGCCCAUGCAAAACAUAACCACAUUCGAGAAGAUGCUGGAAGAUCGCGCCUUCAGAUUGCAAAUUGUCACGGGCAAUGAGAAGAUUGAGCACAUUGUCAACAGGACAGCCGCAGCUUUAGAGGCCAGUGUGAAGGAUGUGGAAGAAGGUUUGAAGUCGACCGACGAGUUUGCCGCAUACCUAAAUAGACAGGAGCACCAACCCUGGAAAGCGUCCAGACCAGACGUGAUUGACAUCUUCGAGGCCAUGAAAGGCAACGCCGAGGGCUGGAGCAAGGCGUUUGUCGAGCUUCAGGAGAACGCUGCAAUCCUGGAUACUCUCCUCAUCAAACUGGGGCAGACGGUGGCCGAUAUGGAUCGCAGGGCCGGCGAGGUGAGCAGGCGGACAACAGUGAGCCCCAUGAGUGGCGCCUUUGAGCUUUCACUGAGAGCCAGUGCCCUGAUGCCUCUGCAGUUCAGCGUUCCCUUCUCGCCCCAGCAAGCAACGGCCCCGGAUGCUUCUUCUCGCCACUCGGUGCUCAGUCCACAGUCCUCGAGAAAGUCUUCCCAGAGAUCGUCGUCCAGCCGGGCCCAUUCGGCAUCCUUUUCUUCUUCCCGGACAAACUCUCUACGUACUGCGACAAGGAGCCCAUCUGAGGACUCGGUACUCUCAUCCCCCAAUGUGAGAGACACGAUGCCAGACUUUCAGUUCAAACCUUUGCAAUUGCGGCGUUAUUCAGCUCCCAGGAAAGCGCCCAUCCUGGAGAUUGAGACAGCAGUUGUGAUGGAAGAGGAGAAGGAGAAGGAGACUCCCAGACCAAGUCCCAUCGAGGAAGAGGGGCUGUAUAUUCUUCAGCCACGUACUUAUACUCCACAACCGCCUGAGCCGGCCCCAUCACCACUAAUCCAGCGACCACCAUCUCCGAGAUUGCCAGACUCCACUUAUGUCCCGCAACAACUCUCAGCGACUCCACGGCAGAUGAGGACAGCCUCUCCGAGCCAACAGAGCCUGCAGAGACCAGCUUCGCCGCCGAGGCCAACGUCAGCACGUCAGGCGAGACCAAUCACCCCACCACAGGAUUGGCAAAUCUCAAAACAAGACUGGCCAAACUCUUCAAGCCAGGAGUGGCCGACAUCUCCACAGCAUGAUGAAGCCCUCCCCAAGAGGACGUCUCUGCGGCAGAGACUAUCGUUGAAAGGCAGUCACCCACCCGAGGCCAUUCAAGUCCCUCCACGGAAUUUAAAUCGGCCAAAGUACCAAUCCCCUCGUGUGCAAUAUGCCCAGCAGGUGCAAGGACCCGACUCGGCGUACGCGUCAGAUGUGGACACUCGACCUCCCUUGAACCCCCUUGCGGAUGCUCUGCAAGAGUUUCCUUCACCUCCUGUAUUCAUCAAUAACACUGUACCGUCGCCUCUCAGUGAUCAACAAUUUUUUCGGCCUGUACAAGCCAGUCCUCAUUCACCUCUGCAGCGACCGUGGACGUCGGGCCCUAUUGCUGUUCCUCGGCCUCAUACGUCAGCUACUCAGUAUCAGCACACGGGUUAUUUGAGAAACCAGCCGUCAGCCAUGGGUAUGAGUACGCUUAGCAACGUCACCAAUAUGGACUCGGAGGGAGGCAAGACGCUCAAGAAGAAGCGCAGCGCUUUCGGCUGGCUGAAGAAGGCGUUCUCGCUUGACGAAGAGGAGCGUGCUGCUUUUGAGGCCAAGAAGAGGCAACAGGCUGCUGGCCCGUACUAUGAAGGACGAAGCCCCAAAUUUUUGGAUGGCAGGAGAAUAGAUGGAUACGGACGCUACUAG